GACCGUAUUUUUUUUUUGCAAUUUUGCUUUAAUUCCACGUCCAACUUGGAAAGUUUGUAUUAGACAGCGUCGGAUUGAAUUAUUGUUCCGACAAUGGCGUCCUCUCCUCAGAAGUCUCCGUCCUCUCCUAAAUCCCCGACAACGCCUAAAUCCCCUUCUUCGAGAAAGAAAGACGACUCUUUUCUUGGAAAACUUGGGGGGACUCUGGCGAGGAGGAAGAAAGCUAAAGAAGUGUCUGAGCUUCAGGAAGAGGGGAUAAAUGCCAUCAACCUUCCUCUCAGCCCAUCCCACUAUGAGCUCGACCCUGAGGACACCAUGCUAGAGGAGAAUGAGGUGCGUACCAUGGUGGAUCCAAACUCCAAGAAUGACCGCAAACUGCAAGAACUUAUGAAGGUGUUGAUCGACUGGAUUAAUGAUGUUCUUGUUGGGGAGCGAAUCAUUGUGAAGGAUCUUGCUGAAGAUCUCUAUGAUGGACAGGUCCUUCAGAAACUAUUUGAAAAGCUGGAAGGUGAGAAACUUAAUGUGGCGGAGGUGACGCAGUCAGAGAUCGCACAAAAGCAGAAGCUGCAGACUGUUUUAGAACGGAUCAACGACUCACUCAAACUCUCCACGAGGAACAUUCGCUGGAAUGUUGACUCGGUUCAUGCAAAGAGUAUAGUCGCCAUCCUGCACCUGCUGGUCGCACUGUCACAACACUUCAGAGCACCAAUCAGAUUGCCUGACCAUGUUUCUAUUCAAGUAGUUGUGGUCCAGAAAAGAGAGGGCAUCCUCCAAUCUAGACAAAUUCAAGAAGAAAUCACUGGCAACACAGAGGCUUUUUCUGGAAGACAUGAGCGUGAUGCUUUUGACACACUGUUCGACCAUGCUCCAGAUAAACUGAAUGUUGUCAAAAAGACACUGAUCACAUUUGUGAAUAAACACCUGAACAAGCUCAACUUAGAGGUGUCCGAAUUGGAAACACAGUUUGCAGAUGGUGUUUAUCUGGUUUUGCUGAUGGGUCUGCUAGAAGGAUACUUUGUACCACUCUACAACUUCUUCCUCACACCUGAAAAUUUUGACCAGAAGGUGCAUAACGUGUCCUUCUCAUUCGAGCUGAUGCAGGAUGGAGGUCUGGAGCGACCAAAGCCGAGGCCGGAGGAUAUUGUGAACUGUGACCUUAAGUCAACCCUCCGUGUCCUGUACAACCUCUUCACCAGGUACAGGAAUGUAGACUGAGGACCCAAGUAACAAGAGGGACACUUUCUAUCAAUGGACCACAUGCUAAAGCUUAAAAAUCCUUCAAUUUGUUGUUGAAAUGCAUUUUCAACUGAAUUCAUACAUCGCAGGUUACAGUUCACCACACUUUUUAAUCCCUGCAGCAUCACUUUUUGUGGCACUAACAUCCAGACUUGUGGACACAUUUGAAAAAGACGUUUGUUCACCUUUCUAAAAUGGUUCACAUUUCUAUUGAAACAUCACUGUAUUUAUUGUAAAUUUUGGUACACUUAUCCUUUCAUAUUUUUCUAGCUUUUUCUGCUUUUCUUGAAGUGCAUUUGAUAAGAAGUUCACUACUUAAUGAUGGGAUGACAAGUUGAUGUCCCAGAUGUUUUAAGAAAAGAAACCGAAACUGUGUGUUACUGUAGUUGUAAACUUACUGUUUGCACGUGCAAAAAAAGGGGCACGGACUUGAUUGGACAUCCUAAAACGUGGAAAAGAAAAUAUUAUUUUUCUCAUCUUGUGCUUCGAAUGUGCAACCCACUACAGAUUGUGAACUCCACUGCAUUCUAGAAUGAGCCAUUCAGCUCAAACAUGCAGAAUUGGUAGUCAGACUGAGGAUGGAUUAUGUUCCUGCCACAUAGAUCGUAGUUAGUUUAGAUAGAUAGUUUGACUGCAAAACUGUCAACACAAACCACAUCCAUAAGUCAGUAAAGCAGCCAUAAUAUGGACCAUGUUUCCCUUUGGUUCAGUCUGUUCAGAGUACCAGUUAAAGAUUUUGACAACAACGAACCUUUACACCUGAUGUCUGACCUCAAAGUAAAAAAAUAAAAUGCAUUUAUAAAAAAAAAAAACAUACAAAAGAACAGCAAGCAGUAGGUACCAGUCUGCCAUAGCCAUGGUGUUAAACCGAGGAGGCCUUGGUUUUCUUUGUGUGUUAGUUUUAAACCACAGCAACCAUUCUACAGUACUUGUGUUAAAAUGCCACUUUUUAGAGCUGGGACACAUUGCCAUUAGCCACAUAUUCCCUCUGUGUUUUAUGCUUUAACACAUUCAUAUUGAUCUUUUAUACUGUAUCUUUCAGCAACAUCAAUGUGAUUUAUAAUAUAUUUAUCAUCACUGCUGCCCUAUUUGUUUUUCCAUUUAAUAAAUAGUCCAAUAGCACAA